AUGAAAACGAACGGUGUUUCUGGGGACAGAAUCGCGGGAUGCUUUCUUGUUCGAAGUUUGUGAGAGAACGGUGACUUUGGACAGUUUGGACUAUUGCUGUGCGCGAGUGUUACAGGAGCCAUCUUCUUGGAUCAUCGUCGCGACGGUACAUUGUCUUGUUUCUACGAGGAAUGCUUACUGACACAUCAUGAAUGGGACAACGUCGAUUACAACCUCAGAGGAACACCAGCAUCAACAUCAGCAACCACAAAACGAAACACAAUCGGAUCAUCCAAGAAGUCCUACCAGCCCGUUGAGUAUUCGACAUGACUCGGGGGAGAGCAGCGUAAUCUCUCCAGGAUUACCGGAGCGAUACAGUCCUUUAGGAGCGACAGGAUCGACCUCGAGUCACGAUCCUUACGCCUCGAGGUCGGUUCAGGAAUGUCCAGUGCCUCUUUGCAGAGGAAUACCAACGGAUUUCCCGCUCGCGAGGUCACCGUACUUGACUGCACUGGGAAAUGGCCAUCCCCAUUUGCUGGGACAAGUCCAGCAGCAACAGCACCAGCAGCAGCAGCAACAGCAACAGCAACAACAGCCGCAACACGGCAGCAAACCACCGCGCAGCCUCGGUUUGAUAUGCGUUGUCUGCGGUGACACCAGCUCCGGGAAACAUUAUGGAAUCCUGGCCUGCAAUGGAUGCAGCGGCUUCUUCAAAAGAAGCGUCAGACGGAAGCUGAUAUACAGAUGUCAAGCUGGUACUGGAAGAUGCGUCGUAGAUAAAGCUCACCGAAAUCAGUGUCAAGCGUGUCGACUGAAAAAAUGUAUGCAGAUGGGAAUGAAUAAAGAUGAACAUGUCUUUUCCACUUCAUGGAUACCAUACGCCGUGCAGAAUGAACGGCAACCCAGGAACACUGCCACCAUCAGACCGGAAGCUCUCGUCGAGAUGGACCAGGAACGUGCUCUACGGGAAGCUGCGGUGGCUGUCGGUGUUUUCGGGCCACCUGUGUCUCUGGCUAUGGCAAGAUACACGGCACCAUUGCCUUUACCCACCGUUGCACCCACGACAAAUUCAGCGAACCCUCCAACACCACCUCGACAAGACAACGAGGAUGGAAACGCAUCCGAGGACAGCAUAGACGUGACUAACGAGGAACCACUGACGCCUCAAAGAAGCGGUUGCACGCAACUUCCGCCUGUGAUCCCGUCGUUAUAUUCGCCAGCCAGCGCUGAAACGGUCUACGAAACCAGCGCGAGGCUCCUAUUUAUGGCUGUCAAAUGGGCGAAAAAUCUUCCGUCUUUCGCGAGUCUGCCCUUCAGAGAUCAGGUGAUACUACUCGAAGAAGCUUGGUCAGAGCUUUUUCUUCUGAACGCGGUGCAGUGGUGCCUCCCGCUCGAAUCCUCGCCUCUUUUUAAUUCGGCGGAACUGACUGCUUUGACUCUGUCGCCCCAUCCCCAUCCACAUCCACAUUCUGGAAUUCACAUGCAAACAACGACGGGCAAACCGAGCCAGGUGGCAGCGGAUGUCAGGCAUUUACACGACACCUUGCAGAGAUACAAGGCCAUCAUGGUCGAUCCUGCGGAGUUCGCCUGCAUGAAAGCCAUUGUCUUGUUUCGACCAGAAACCCGUGGCUUGAAAGAUUCCAGCCAGAUAGAAAAUCUGCAAGAUCAGGCGCAGGUGAUGCUGGGCCAACACGCCAGGGCACAGCAACCGGCCAGUCCAGCCCGAUUCGGCAGGUUGUUGCUGUUGCUGCCGUUGCUGAGGACAGUGCCAGCGUCGAGGGUGGAGCUGAUAUACUUUCACAGAACGAUCGGCAACACGCCGAUGGAAAAAGUUUUGUGCGACAUGUACAAAAAUUAA